CAAACUGUCUCUACAUAAAAGAAACUCUGUGCCUUUUCUUCAACUUUUUCGGCCAAAUUGAGAUAUGGAAAAUCAUCCUAGCACUAGUAAUUCCCAUCCUCAUCAUCAUCAUCAACAUUGUCAAUCUCUUCCUUUUUCAAACAACUUUCUUCUUGACCGCCACGAAGAACAAGAAGAAAAACCUACAUUACCCAUCUUUGACUCUAGUAUUGUCCCAUCAGUCGAUAAUUUGCACAAUAAUCCAAAAAGGAAAAGAAGCAGAUUCCUUAAAAUUGGUGAUGGUAGUAACUCUUUGAAUAUUACAAGCCUUAAGAAGCCUAAAAUUACCAAAAAGCCACCAGACCCAAGUGCACCCAAAAUUACUAGGCCAUGUACUGAAUGCGGCAAGAAGUUUUGGUCAUGGAAAGCACUUUUUGGUCACAUGCGUUGCCAUCCUGAACGUCAAUGGCGUGGAAUUAACCCUCCUCCUAAUUUCAGGCCGCGGCACGAUAAUAAUAAUAACAACAACAUUAUUGAUUCUCCUAAUUCUGUUGAAUUUAGCCCUAGAAAAAACCCCAAGUUGGUUUCUGAUGCGAUUAUGACUGACGAGGAUCACGAAAUCGCAGCGUGCUUGUUGCAAUUGGCUAAUGGAUUAUCAAAACCUGAUUCUGACAUUGUAGAUAAUGCGGAAUUACCUGAUCAUGAAAAUGUUCGUAUUGUUGCAUCAGAAGAUCAGCCUUGUUCUUCUUCAGGAGGAGGAGGAGGAGUGAAGGAUUUUCGAUUCGAGUGUUCGGGUUGUAAGAAGGUUUUUGGAUCACACCAGGCUUUAGGUGGACACAGGGCUAGUCAUAAAAAUGUGAAGGGUUGUUUUGCAUCAGGUUCAGGUACUUCAGGAUUAACACAAGCUGUUGUUUCUACUAAUUUGGAUCUAAAUUUUCCUCCUCCAGUGACAUUAAUCUCAGGUGAAGAUCAAUACGAUUCUUCGUCAUCCUACUCUUCUAUUUAUUCGGGCUCAACGUUGGAUUUGAGGUUGAAGCUAUAAAUAUAUAUAUAGUCAUGUAUAAUUAGGUGUGUAUAGUUAACUGGGAUACUAUUGCUAUAUUGUAGAAGCAACUAGCUGUUAAAUGGUAUUUUUGUACUCUUAACAUUGACAAAUUCAUGUUCAAUACACACUUGUGAUUGCUACUGAUAACUCAUAGUAAUACUACUCGUAAUUAGCUACU